UCGAAACCACGCCGCGUCGCGCUCAGUGGGUUUGGCGUGAUGACCACAACCUUAAGGGUACCGGAAAGGUUUAAACAAGACAUCUAGACACUACCAUUGAUGUCACUCCUGUUAGAUAGAACCCGCGACAGUCGCGUACGGCGGCAAUUUUGACUAAACUGGAAUUUUUGGGGAAAUAAACAGUGAUAAGUAGGAAUUUGUUACCGCAUCAAUUGAUGAAUGUUACACAUUUGACUAUUUUAUAUUUUGAAUGUGCACCAAAACAGUUCUAGGUGUUUGCAAGCAACUUCCUUCGGACGGAAUUUGUUGUCUUCAUAACAAACUUGUUGCUAAUUUAACGCGCAUAGACUCAGAAUAGUGUCAUAUUGUGUACAGUGAAGAUGGCUCGCCCCGGCUUCAAGAUGAAUUCGAAACACGUUAUAAUUAUAUACGUUCUGUACGUAACUAACAAAAUGGUUAACGGAGCCAUACCAGGAUUGUUCUUUUGGAAACCUCGCUUGGGUCUCGACUUAUCCAUUCCGACAACGGAAAUUAACGAUGAAGUAAACGAGCCUAACAAAGAAAACAUAGCAGAUGGUCUCGUGGUGAUGGUGGACGGAUACACCGCAGGCAUGACCAUCAUAGGCAUGGCUUCUGGCUUAUCCAACGCCGAGCCUUAUCCACACUUUAAUCCGAAGUCAGCUUUCUUCUACACUCAUGUGUAUAGAUGGGCCUUACGAUACAUCAGUCUUAUUCCAUUUUGGCUUGGAGGCAACGGGGGACAUUUCUGCGAUACACUCAAAGUGUGGCGUCGCCGAUUCUACUACAUGGACGAGUUCGUACCGUCUUGGUUAAGAACCUUCUUGUUCUACGUCAAGAAAGAAGACUGGGAGAAAGAGCAACUGGACUACAGACGGUUCAAGAAGUUCGCUGAGCCCGCUUUUGGCAAACACUACCGAUAUCCAGGAAAGGUUUUCAAUAACUUUCAAUCUCAGCAUACUGUGGAGACUGUCGAGGAAAUCCCGAGUUCUUCGUUGUCAGUGUAGUCCCAAAGUCUAUUUCAACAGCAGCGCAAUACAAAACCUGUACUGUCACGUGACAUUUUUUAAUCACAGACAGCCGCUUACCUAAAAUUCGUCUUCUUUCUUGACUCAGAAGACUAAUACAAACCGGGUAACACAACCUUCGCUGAGCUGAUCAAUUGCAUUGGCUGAUCACAACCGUUCUUGGUUAUUUGGAUGACUAUAUCCAAAAGACUUACCACAGAGCUACGCGAUAUACCGGAUGAUGAACAAGAAACCGGGAGUAAUUUAUUUAAAUACUUUAUUUACUGUCUGAAUUUAGUGAGUAAACACA